AUGGCUCCUGGUUUGAUCUUCUUCACCGGUUCUCCGUCAGCUCGUACCCUCAGCUGGGAUCAAGAUGCUCUUCUGAAUACCUUCAUCGAACCUAUUGCCCAGUUUAUAGGGCUCGCAUCCGACUCUGUAUCCGCUGUAUCAAGUCAUCCACAAUGGAGAUCUCUGCCAUUAAACCGUCAACACUUGAACACAGGCCUGACACCGCCUGACAACUUCGAUCAAUACCAGCUCUUUACAGGGUACUCAGAAACUCAGGAAGCCGAAGACACUUCCUUCUUCACCACUUCACAAGUUGAGUUGGAGUUCUCCCAAGCUCAAAUAUUAGGCGAUUCUUUCCCUUCGACUCAGGCGUCCGUCUCACAAGUCCUGUCUCAGUUCUACGAGGAAUCUUACGCCCGCCAUGAAGAUGUGCCUUCUUCUCAAAUAGCCCCUACAUCAGAAGGACCAUCCUCUUUUACGAGUGAUGAAUUUUCAUCGAACUCUGCUUCGUUCGAUUCUCAGUACCAAGCACCUGGGUCUAAAAAGGAAGUGCCCAUAGCUGGUCACUUGACAGACCUCAAGAACAUUCCUAAAGCAGCAUAUCUUAGCUCUAUUCAACCACAGACAAUGACGGUAAAUCUCAUUGUUGGCAUCAUCUCCUUGCCACAGCCCCGGGCAGUCAGGACACGUCGAGGAGCAGAUGUCUCAUUGGUCGAAAUACUCGUUGGCGACGAGACAAAAUCCGGAUUUGGGGUCAAUUUCUGGUUGUCGUCUUCUCAGCCCACAGGAGGAGAUAUGAGGACGGUGCUAGAGUGUCUGCGGCCGCAAGAUGUGGUACUAAUACGCAAUGUCGCUCUGAAUAGCUUUCGUGGGAAGGUAUAUGGACAGAGUUUGAGGAAGGAAAUGACCAAGGUUCACCUUCUUUACAGAAAUCGAAUCGACAAGACUGAUGUUGGUGGAAUUUAUAGGGCAGGUGAACUAGUACCUAAGGAAGGCAUGCAACCUCAAGUGGACAAGACGCGACGAGUUCGAGAAUGGGUUUUGAAAUUCGUCGGUGCAGGUACAAUUAAAACUCGUGGGAAGAGAAGAGCGUCUGAAGUGCUCAGCGAAACUUUGCCACCUGAUACACAAUGA